AUGAGUGCAGUUGCACUGCUAGCUGAACCGCAGAAAGUGAUAGCAGUCACCUGCUAUCUACCCCGGUUGCGGCCGGAAAGGGAAGGAUUGGGAGGGGAACACUAUUUGGUAGCACAUUCCGGUGUACCGCAUCCUAGCAGAUGUAGAAUCGAUAAUCGCCACAUCAACGGACAAAACAGCGCAAUAAAGAAGCAGGUAGCCACAUGCAUCCAGAACUACCUCGCGCGUAGCCACAGUCACAACGACCCAUUAACAACGUUCUGCAAACACGCAUCCAUUGCCACGAUGAGGUUCCUAGCCGAACACGAGGACAUCUGUGUACUGAAAUCGGACAAGGGAAGACGGAUGGUCAUAAUGUAUCAACAGGACUACGAACGCAAAAUGCUAUCCUUGCUGGAGGACGAUACGUACAAUGUGGUAGCCAGGGAUCCAACAACAGGAAUACAGAAAUGCACGAAUGCUCUGGUCAAGCGGCUCUACAAUCUCCAGCUGAUCGACAUACGAACAAAAUAUCGUCUACAGUUUACGACAGCCGUCUGUCCAAGAAUAUACGGCCAACCAAAGACUCAUAAGCCUGACCUUCCCCUUCGACCGGUGGUGCCAAAUGUUACAGCACCCGCCUACCAGCUGUCGAAGUUCUUGGCCGAUGUCCUCCAAAGAUCCGCCCACAGUGAGUACAACAUCAAAGACAGUUUCGAGUUCGCGGAAUACAUACGCAACAUAACGCUACCAACCGGGUACGUACUCGUUUCCUUCGACGUCAUCUCCCUGUUUACCAACAUACCCCAACAGUUGAUGACACACGACCUGAUCAUGGGUUGGGACAAGCUACUUUCGCUACAGAGACAAGUUCUUCGUCCAGCUGUUCGGUACAGCGAUGGGCAGCCCUCUAUUGCCCAUCCUGGCGGUUAUAGUGAUGAAUAG